AUGGCACUUCGAUCGCUGGCAACCAUCUCGCGGAUCCGUGGGUUCUCCACCACUCCCGCCAUUCUCCGGGGACAGAAUUUGACCGAAAAAAUCGUCCAAAAGUACGCUGUAGGUCUUCCAAAGGACAAGAAUGUCUACAGUGGAGACUACGUCUCCAUCAAACCAGCCCACUGUAUGUCUCACGACAACUCGUGGCCUGUUGCAACCAAAUUCAUGGGUUUGGGGGCAAAGAACGUGAAGGACAAUCGCCAGAUUGUGUGUACCUUGGAUCAUGAUGUGCAAAACAAGUCCGAUAAGAACUUGGAGAAAUACAGAAAUAUCGAGAAGUUUGCUGCCGAGCAAGGGAUAGAUUUCUACCCCGCUGGUCGUGGUAUUGGUCACCAGAUCAUGAUCGAGGAGGGUUACGCAUUCCCUUCCAACUUGAGUGUCGCUUCUGACUCUCACUCAAACACAUAUGGAGGUGUUGGAGCAUUGGGAACACCCAUUGUGCGUACAGAUGCAGCCUCCAUCUGGGCUACGGGCCAAACCUGGUGGCAAAUUCCUCCCGUCGCAAAGGUCGAGCUUGUUGGUGAGUUGCCCAAGGGAACUAGUGGAAAAGACGUCAUUGUUGCACUUUGUGGUGCAUUCAACAACGAUGAGGUCUUGAACCAUGCCAUUGAAUUUGUAGGCGACGGAGUUAGUAAGUUGCCUGUGGACUACCGUCUCACCAUCGCUAAUAUGACCACUGAGUGGGGCGCAUUGUCUGGUUUGUUUCCAAUUGACGAUGUGUUAAUUCAAUUCUACAAAGAGAGAUUGGCCAAGUUGCCUCAACCUCACCCUCGUGUUAACGAACAGACUGUUGCUGCUUUGGAGACCAACAAGCUUUCCUCCGAUUCCGACGCUGUCUACGCUAAGCACUUGCGUAUUGACUUGUCAUCUCUUUCCCCUUACAUCUCUGGACCAAACUCUGUCAAGGUCUCCAAGUCUCUUUACGACUUGGUUCAAGAGAACGUUCCUAUUAACAAGGCAUACCUCGUUUCCUGUACUAAUUCCCGUUUGAGUGACAUCAAGGCUGCUGCUGACAUCAUCAGAGGCCACAAGGUCGCUCCUGGUGUCGAGUUUUACGUUGCUGCUGCUUCCUCAAAUGUCCAAAAGGACGCUGAGGCUGCUGGUUACUGGAACGAUAUCCUCGAGGCUGGCGCCAAGCCUCUUCCUGCUGGAUGUGGACCAUGUAUCGGUUUGGGUGCUGGUUUGUUGGAAGACGGAGAGGUUGGAAUCUCUGCUACUAACAGAAACUUCAAGGGAAGAAUGGGUUCCAAGGAUGCUUUGGCUUAUUUGGCUUCUCCUGAAGUUGUAGCUGCCUCUGCUGUUUUGGGCAGAAUUGGUGGACCAGAAGAAUUAGACGGCAAUGCCGUCAAGCCAAACACAGAAAUUGUCAAGUCGAUUGAGAUCACCAGCUCCUCGCCAAGCUCUGAUGCUGAGGCUGCUGUUGAGGUCUUGGAUGGAUUCCCUAAGUCUAUUGAGGGUGAAUUGAUCCUUUGUGACGCAGACAACAUUAAUACUGACGGAAUCUAUCCAGGUAAGUAUACCUAUCAAGAUGAUAUUACCAAGGAGCAAAUGGCCGAGGUUUGUAUGGAGAACUACGACGCUGACUUCAAGGAGAAGACUAAGUCCAGCGACAUCAUUGUGUCUGGUUACAACUUCGGAACCGGUUCUUCUAGAGAGCAGGCUGCCACCGCUAUCUUGGCUAAGGGAAUGAGAAUGGUCGUUGCUGGCUCCUUUGGUAACAUUUUCUCCAGAAACUCCAUUAACAAUGCCCUUCUUACUCUUGAGAUCCCGGCAUUGAUUGACUCUCUCCGUGAAAAGUACGCCGGUUCCAAGGAAUUGACAAUUCGUACCGGAUGGUUCUUGAAGUACGACGUUACCAAGGCCUUGGUCACUGUUACAAAUGCUGAGGGUGAAGUCGUUUUGCAACAAAAGGUUGGUGAGUUGGGAACCAACUUGCAAGAUAUUAUCGUCAAGGGAGGUUUGGAAGGCUGGGUUAAGGCCGAGCUUGCUGAAGGGAAAAAUUAA